AUGCUGGUAGCUGAUAUUCAACUUUGCCACGAGUUAAAAGAAUCGGCAAAAUACCUCUUGCGCACUUUUAAGGCGAUUACUGGUGCUGAAGAGUACGACUUCAUCAUAGUAGGAGGAGGAACUGCUGGUUUGACGCUGGCCCACAGACUAUCGGAAGAACCAAGAUGGCGCACUCUAGUUCUGGAAGCCGGAGGUUUAGAGACUACCGUCACUGAAGUACCGGCUAUGCAACCUCAACUGCAAACAACAGCGUAUACUUGGGGAUACAAAACAUGCGCCCAGAAGCAUGCUUGUUUAGGUUCAGUUGGAAAUAUGUGUUCUGUGGUAAAAGGAAAAGCUGUAGGAGGAGAUACAGCGAUUAAUGACAUGUUAUAUACGAGAGGACAUCCACGAGACUACGAUCUUUGGGCAGAUACUGGGAUGAAGGGAUGGUGUUGGGACAAUGUUCUGCCAUAUUUCAAAAACAUGGAAGACGCUUGUGUAGAAGAUAUGGAUAGAAAGUUCCGUCACUACGGUGGUCCAAUUCAUCUGGAAAAUCUCUAUCCUAGUGAUCGAAUCUUAGCAGAACAUUUCCUGAAAGCUGGCUUAGAAAGCGGAUUGGAACGUAUCGACUACAACGGCAAAGAACACCUUGGUUUGGGAUUACCUCAGGUGAUUACCAAGCAUGGCAAACGCCACAGUGUUGCCAAGGCCUACCUCAAGCCUAUUAAAGAUAGAAAAAAUUUGGAGCUUUCCCCCUACAGUCAAGUUAUUGAGGUUCUCGUCAGUCCGAUUACCAAGGAGGCCCAUGGUGUUACUUAUGUACAUGAUGGGAAAGUUUUUAUAGCAAAGGCCACGAAGGAAGUUAUUUUAGCAGCGGGUGCUAUUAAUACUCCACAGCUUCUUAUGUUGUCUGGUAUUGGUCGAAAAUCAGAUCUAGAACACUUCGGAAUCCAUCCAGUUGCAGAUCUGGCGGUGGGAAAGAGUCUCAAGGAUCAGGUUUCCUUCGUUGGUCUUAAUUUUGUCUAUGAUCCACUACACGAAAAGCACGCCAUACAACACGGUAUUCUAACAGUUCAAACCGACCUAACGUCGCAGUCUGUUGGAGAGGGUCAGUCUAGCACAAAUGAAGGUCGUCAUCAAAUUAAAGAAGACCAUCAUCACGUGAAAGAAGAGCAUCAUCAUGAGAAAGAAGAGCAUCAUCAUAAUAAAGAAGAGCAUCAUUAUGAUAAAGAAGACAAUCAUCACGUUAAAGAAGAUAAUCAUCAUGAUAAAGGAGAUCAUUAUCACAAAGAAGAUUACCAUAAAGUUAAAGAAGAUACUCACCAUCACUCAGACAGUUAUCACCACGUUAAGGACCCUGCUAUUGAACUAGUCAAUGUCUUGGAAAUAAAAGAAAAACGACCACCUAUCAGUCUCGACAUCAGAUAUGAGACCAAAGACCACACCUUUAUCCCACAGAUAGGUGUAAGCUACGAGCAAGAAUUACUACAAAGGAAAGAAGAAACUAUUAAACAAGAAUCAGAAAUGCAUUGGGUAAACGAUCACUCUGACGAAGAUAUCAUAAAGUAUUUGAGAUAUGGUAAGGGACCUCUCAGUACUACCGGUCUUCAGUUGAUCGGUUACGUCAAAACCGAAUUCUCCAGAGACAAGACUGACUACCCCGACGUUCAGCUGUUGAUUAAGAAAACUCAUCCCAAAGGAGGUUGUUACCACUUCAAGGGAGCAAACCUACGAAAAGACCUCAAAGACAUAUUCUGCAAACCUUACGAAGGCUUCAACGUUGAAAUAGUUCUCCUACAUCCAAAAUCGAAAGGUUUUAUAAAGCUAAAUGAUGUCGAUCCAUACCAUCAACCAUACAUAAACCCUAUGGCCCUCUCAGACGAAGAUGAGUAUGACGUGAGUACUCUGAUGGCCGGCAUACGAAAAGUUCUGAACAUGAUGAACGGACCAGCUAUGCAGAAACUGGGAGUUAAGUUGGUGAAGGAGAAGAUUCCCGAAUGUGAUCAAGCUAUCUUCAACGAUGAGUAUUGGAAAUGUGCCAUCAAAUAUAUGUCUGUGGUCCGAGGCCAAGUAACAGGUACAGCCAAAAUGGGUAUUGUUACCCAGAAAGACGCAGUAGUGGAUGAGGAUCUUAAAGUUUACGGAGUGAACAAGUUAAGAGUUGCUGAUGCUAGUGUUAUUCCAGUUAGUAUCACAGGUAACCUGAUGGCUCCGGAAAUUAUGAUAGCAGAAAAAGCUGCCGAAAUUGUCAAGAAGUGUUACAUGGUUUAG